AUGAAGUUCUCGGUGCAUACGACCGAACGAAUGGAGGAUCAGAUUGCUGAUCAGGGCAUCAUCCCUGACAAGCUGACGGGCGAGGAGUCCGGGGAAGAGGAGUCCGGGGAUGAAGAGACUGAGGACUCAGGCUCAGCAUCCGAGUGGCGUCCUGGUAUUGAGAUUCUGUUCAGGCAACCCAUAUACUCAAGCAAUACGAGUCCGCAAUUCCCGCAAGAGCUGAUCGAGCGCAUCUGCGAAUUCCUCUGGGACGAACCGGUCCAGCUAGCGGUCAGCUGCACGCGCAUUUGCCCCGCUUGGUAUCAUGCUGCACGGCGAGUUCUGCCAGAGUAUGCGAUCACCUGUCGAACCCAAGAGGCCCUGCGAGACUAUGCGCAUACCCUCACAUCCCUUCGUAAUGCGCCAUAUCGCAAACAGUUCAAGAAAUUGUGGAUCUCUGACAACGCCAGCAAGCCGUUCGCGCACGUUUGGCCGAUUUGCAUUCCUGGAUGGAUACUACCGAAACUGCGUUACGUGGAACUCGUUACCCUUGACUGGUCCACCAAGACACCGCACGAUAGCUUCUUCAUCUACCUGUCUUCUUACACCAGCGUCUCGUGCCUCAUUCUGCGGGACUGCAGGUUUCGCAGUUUGCCGGAUCUUCGCAGGGUGAUCAAUGCCCUUCCCAACCUUAUGUCGCUGGAGCUCUACAAUAUAACAUUACAGCACCCUCUCAGACCGGGAUCGGUCCCCGACUACAUCACUCUUCGAGCCCGUUCACACAGGCUCGAGUCUAUUUAUCUUCGCGGUUCCAAACACAGGCCAGAGUAUUCUGACGUGUCCUCGGAGUAUCAAGGAACAACGGCCCUCGGUUCUCAAGCUCAAGCUCUGCUGCACAUGGUAGUCGCUAAUUCAUCCACUGUGACCCGCCUCGACCUUGACCUGCGAUUCUUUACUUCGCUCUCAGCUCUUCAGCGAUGCCUGGCGCAUUUUCGCCGUCUGACCUCAUUCGAGGCACGGUACCAAUUUGCCUCGGGCCCUAUGAUCACACUCGAGGAGACAGUUCCUGCGCGUACGGAGAACACAUAUAUACACUCAUGGGAAAGCUUUACCCUUACGGACGUCCCCGAUCAAUCCGCUCUGCAGCUUCUGCAGCUGCUUGCCACUCCUAGAUCAUGCAGCAAACUGCAUGAACUCCGUAUCUGUCUUGCAGGCCGGCCAUCCGCCGCACUUCUAUCACGUACUAGCCGUUUCCUCCAUGAAUCCGGACAUCGGCUCAAGGAUUUGUGGUGGGAAUGUUCGGUGGACACAGAUCUCGAGGUCAUUCCGUCCCUCGCAGGGAAUACGACUCUGCAAACAUUGUACAUAAACCUUCGGGACAUUGCCCCAUCGCCACAGAAGAUACACAGUGCUCUCACCGCCAUACUAUCAGACAUCGUCAGCGUGGACCUACGGAAGGUGUAUAUUCAUCUCACUCUAGCUCGCCUCGAGGUGCUUCCCCAGAAUCAUGGACGGACGCCCGUGGCACCAGAUCCUGCCGAGGCCAUCUCUGCUUUUCACAUCAUUCUCUCGCGCGAGAUAUUCAAUGGGCUUCCGCUGCACACUCACUACAACUGCGUAGAGGUUGAUUUCUACGUUGGAAACAUACAGGACAAUCCCGUCGUGGUAGCCACGAUCAAAGCAUACAUGAUCACUCUCUUUACGCCGUGGUUGGAUCGCGGAAUAGUAGAGUUGCGGUUCAAUUGGAUGGACAGUGUGGAGACUAUUACUUGUGUGUCCACGUCUAUGCUCAAUGAGGACACAUUGAGCGAUCGCGGAGGCGAGGAUGUCGAAGAAAACACACCCGUAGGAACGGAACAGUACAACGAAGCUCAGGAGGUAAUUUGGAGGGAGACGGACACUGGCAUGAAGGGCUCGGACGGACGUCGUUGGUGA